UCAACUGCAACAGUCAUCGGUGUACUCGUGAUUUAGCAACAUCGAAACGAUUAGCGUGCUAUAUUGAUACGACAAUCUCACAAUCAUCAUGGAUACUUGGAUAUUGUUGUUUCUCUUAACUGGUGCCAUCGCUAUAUAUUAUUAUUUCUUCAAAAACUUAAAAUUUUUUGAGAAAUAUGGAAUUACACAUAUACCACCAUGGCCUAUUGUGGGUAAUAUGGGGCCAGUAUUUUUACGCCAGGUAUCGCUGGCUGAAAAUAUUCAAAAAGUCUACUAUCUAAAUAAAGAUGCUAAAUAUGUCGGUUUUUUUGAUGGUAUGAAUCCAAUCGUGAUGAUUCGUGAUCCUGAUCUCAUUAAAGCUAUCGGUGUUAAGAAUUUUGAGACGUUCCCUGAUCAUCGUGCUUUCGUCGAUGAAGUUAACGACCCUCUGUUUGGCAAGAAUUUGUUUUCGCUUCGUGGUGAAAAGUGGCGAGACGUGAGGACUUUAUUAAGUCCGGCUUUUACUUCUAGUAAAAUGAAAACCAUGUUUAAAUUGAUGUCCGAUUGUGCCGCCAAUUUUACUGACUAUCUUGCCAAUUUACCUGCGGACAAAAAUAUUAUGGAAAUGAAGAACUCCUUUACUAGAUAUACAAAUGAUGUAAUUGCAACUUGUGCAUUUGGUGUCAGCGUCGAUUCUAUGAGGAAUCCUAACAACGAAUUUUAUGUUUACGGAAAAGAAGCUACGUCUUUCAACACUCUGCGCACUAUAAAAUUUUACAUAAGCAGAAGUAUGCCAUUGCUUGCCAAAAUAUUGGGUAUUAAAUUUGUUAGCAAUAACGUAGGUGAAUUUUUCAAAGAUCUCGUAAGAAGCACCAUACAUACCAGAGACAUAAAAAAUAUCGUACGACCGGAUAUGUUGCAAUUGAUGAUGGAGACCAGAGGAAAAAGAGAACCUGGAAAGGAACUGACUAUCGAGGAUAUGACUGCGCAAGCAUUUAUUUUCUUUUUUGGCGGUUUCGAUACUGUCUCUUCCUUGAUGUGCUUUGCUGUUCACGAAAUUGCCGUGAAUCCAGAUGUACAGGCAAAACUGCGUGAUGAGAUAGAUGAGGCUUUCAAGACAAACAACGGAGAUCUAACCUAUGAAAUACUAAACGGAAUGCAGUAUUUGGAUGCAGUGAUCAAUGAGGCUCUUAGGAAAUGGCCUAUAGCUGCUUUUCUGGACAGGCUAAAUGUGGAAGAUUUUGAGCUACCUCCAGCAUUGCCAGGAGACAAACCUUUUCUUUUAAAGAAAGGAAUGAACGUUUGGUUCCCUGUUUACGGUUUACAUCGGGAUCCAAAAUAUUUCGAGAAACCAGACGAGUUUGAUCCCGAACGCUUUCUGGAUGAAAAUAAGAAGAGCAUAAAUUCAGCCGCAUAUAUUCCAUUUGGACUUGGACCAAGAAUGUGCAUAGGCAACAGAUUUGCGUUAUUAGAGACCAAAGUUAUGUUAUUCCAUUUAUUAUCUCGUUGCGAAUUAAAAAUGUGCGCAAAAACUUCGCAUCCGUUGCAAUUGAGCAAGAAAAAUUUCGCUAUGUUAGCAGAAGAUGGAUUCUGGUUAAAGAUCCAAGCGAGAGACAAUUCUAAUGUAUCCUCUAACGUUGUUAAUCAUAGUGCACCUAAUGGUCAUAUUUAAAUUCAAAAGAAUUGUGAAAAAAUUUUGUAUUUAUAGAUAUAAAUCCAAUAAUAUCACCAUUUAACCGAGAGAAAUAACACUUAAACUGAUUUGGUUACACGC